AGCCGGGGGCCGGGCUCGGGCCCAGCGCCGCCGCUUUAAGCGGCAUUUCCUCGUUUAAGGCCGUUCGCAUGCGCGGUGGUGGUGCCGGCCCGGCCGGGCAGAGUCGCCAAGUGCGACCUUGGAGGUUCCAGGGGACGGAGUACCGGGCGCUCGCUUGCUUUCCCUGCCGAGAUAAGUGUGCCUUGGUGCCCUGUGUGGAGCCACAAGGGUCUCCGACCUCGUUGUGCCUGGGGGAAAGCUUGGCAGCGCCCUCCGAGCACUCUGUCGCGGCAGCGUCCCUGCGCCCCUUCCAGGAGCCAUUUCCUCGGGGGCUGGCGGCUCGUCGUUGCAGGGAGUCCAGUGUGAAACUGCUGCAAAAACAGGGAUGAUUAUACAGAGAGUAGUGCUGAAUUCACGCCCUGGUAAGAAUGGAGAGCCAGUGGCUGAAAACUUCCGACUGGAACAAAGUACAAUACCAGAUACUAUCCAAGCGGGACAAGUGCGUGUUAGAACCCUUUAUCUCUCGGUGGACCCCUACAUGCGCUGCCGGAUGAAUGAGGACACAGGCUCAGAUUACCUCCUGCCAUGGCAGCUGGCUGAAGUUGCUGAUGGUGGGGGCGUUGGGGUUGUGGAGGAGAGCAAGUAUGACAGCCUUGCUAAAGGAGACGUUGUCACUUCCUUCAACUGGCCCUGGCAGACAGUGGCCAUUCUAGAUGGAAGCUUGCUGCAGAAGCUUGUCCCACAACUUGUAAAUGGACGCCUUUCUUACUUUCUGGGUGCAGCCGGCAUCACAGGACUGACGGCCUUGUUGGGUAUAAAAGAGAAGGGACACGUGGCUGUGGGUGCCAAUCAGACCAUGGUGGUGAGCGGCGCAGCCGGUGCCUGCGGCUCUUUGGCCGGCCAGAUUGGCCGUCUGGAGGGCUGCUCUAGAGUUGUGGGGAUCGCUGGCACAGAUGAAAAAUGCUCCAUUUUGGUCCAAGAAAUGGGGUUUGAUGCUGCUAUCAAUUACAAGAAGGGGAAUGUGGCAAAGCAGCUACGUGAACUCUGCCCAGGCGGUGUGGAUGUUUACUUUGACAAUGUUGGUGGAGACAUCAGUGAUGCGGUGAUAAGUCAGAUGAAUCAGAACAGCCAUAUCAUCCUGUGUGGACAGAUUUCUCAGUAUAACAAAGAUGUGCCUUAUCCUCCUCCGCUGCCUCCUGACAUAGAAAAAAUACGGAAAGAAAGGAAUAUCACGAGGGAAAGAUUCUUAGUUUUGAACUAUAUGGACAAACAAGAAGCGAGUGUGUUACAGCUCUGCCAGUGGAUCCAGGAGGGUAAAUUGAAAGUCAGAGAGACUGUGGUAGAAGGCUUGGCAAACAUCGGUGCUGCUUUCCAGUCCAUGAUGAGUGGAGGCAAUAUUGGAAAACAGAUCGUCUCAGUUUCUAAGUAAAAGUUAUCGCUGUGGGAAAAAUAAUUGGAUUCAGUCUCUAAAAGUGAGCAAGUUUUUACUUACACUAAUUUCCACUUUCUUAAAUAAACCAUUAAGUUGUUCUGUAUGUACUGAAAGUAGAGAUUCUGGGAUGCUAAUAAACUAAGUAAGACUGGAAACAGAAAAGCAGUAAUUUAUACUAGAAACGAAUAGUGUGUUCUUUGACAUGAUUUUGACAGUUGCAGCACACUUGCAAAUAUUUCAUGGGUGUGGUUUGGAAGUUAGAACAUGGCGGGAACCAUUUUCAGUCAGUAAUUUGUAUGCAGACACCUAGUUUUGGUUGUUAGAAGAAUUUACUGGCGUAGUAGAGAUGUACCAUUCCCAUGCUUGUUUGUUUUGGUGCCCAGGAACUUUUCUAGGAAUUUUUAAUUUACUCGUGUAAGUUUGACCUGACAGUCCAGUCGAUCUGGCUAAUCAUUUUUGAAUCUAACUGUUCUCAUUUUUGUAGAUAAUUGCAGUGAAAAAUUCUGUUUCUGGAAUUCACAGUCUCUAAUAAUAAAGGUAUUUCCACUUUUCCACCUGGAACAAA